AUGCGGCAGGUAUUCGUACGUCCAGGGGCUCCAAAGCCUCCAACUGAUGAAGAGCGCCAGCUCUACUACUACGGGCUCCCCUCUUGCCCCAAACUCGUUGCGCGAUCAAGCAGGCAUAUUUGGGUAAACGAAAACAAGUUCCAGUAUAAUGCCUGUCACGAUUCCCAUCUUAAAACACUUCGACCGGUUGGAAGGCGUCCGUUAUUACAUCGGCUGUGGAAUAACGCAUCGUCUUCCCUCAGGGUCCAGAUCUUACAAGCUGUCAGCGUGGCCGACUGGACUGCUAUUGAUAUUCUUCGCGUCUGUAUCAAUACAUGUAGGGAAGGCUCCGUCACGCUUAUGAUAGCUGUCAGCCCUGGGUCACUAUCUUGGAGAGAUGGCUAUGCUAUCGCACUGCGAUGCAAAUCUAUUUUACAAGCGCAUGGUAUCUAUGGCGUGGACUGCGAGAUACGAGAAUCUCUGGUCACUUUCUGUACCAAGGAUGAGUCCGAGACAAAAUCUACCACCAGGGUCUCUGUCGAAUCCUCUGUCGAACCAUCUGUCGAACCAUCUGUCGAACCAUCUGUCGAACCAUCUGUCGAAUCCUCUACCGACUCUUCUGCAAACUCUUCUGCCGACUCUACAAACGAGACAAGCUCAUCGACAACCUUUCAGCUCUUUUCAGGACCCAUGCCAAAACAUGACGAGUAUUUCGCUGGUUAUACGUGGGCAGCAUUCUCUGACGCGCUUGGCACCGCUAUCGCCAUGAAGCACAGAGAUUCUUGGACGGGCACGAAAGGCCUGUACCUCUCUUUGUCGCCAUCUUCUCCUGGAGUCGAGCCCAAAGUCCUGGCUUUGACUUGUAGACACGUGGUGAUUGAUUCUAAAACAGAGGGCUUAGAAACAUACUGUCGCCCAGAGUCUGCUCCCUUCAAAGAUGUCGUUCAAGUGGACCAGCCGAAUUAUGAGUACAUGGUCAGAUUAUUGGAUAGCACUCUAUCGUUAUACCGCCAGAGCUCCGAACACUUUGACGGUGAUCUCCCUUGCUCACCUAUUGCGAAGGGCACCCUCUCUCUCCUACAAGCCAUAAUGCCAUUCAAUAGCGCUUCCUCGAGGGCUUUUGGCCGGCUUUUAUACUCGCCUGGGUUGGAUACUACAGCAACCAAGCGUGACGCCCAAUGGUCAAGAGACUGGGCAUUAAUCGAACUACUUCCCGGAUCCCACCAAUCGCCUCUCAGUUUAAUAAAGAACAAAGUGGAUAUUGGAUCGGCCCUUGAUUUUAUCCUUUUGGAGUUUGCAAAAAAACGAGCGGCCAUAGAUAUUGAGCUGGAAGACGGCUACCAAACCAUGAAAAACACUAUCGUCCCAAUCGACCAAAUUUUCAGAUCCGAUUGCGCCGCUGAGGAUGAGCCAAUGAUGGUGAUAAACUAUGGAUUGAGGGGGUGGCAUAGAUUGGGUCUGGGGAAUACGGUGAAAUCGAUCGUUCGCCAUCCAGAAGCCCCAGGCGGUAUAAAGCGGGAGAGUGAAGAAUGGGCCAUAGUAUCGGUUACACCAGAGAGAGAGCAGAUUCAAGGGAACUUCUCGACAGGAGGAGAUUCCGGGGCUUGCGUUUGGGAUAUGAAGCAUCGCCCCGCCGGUAUAAUCACGGCCGGCAGUAGCUUCUUCAGACAGGCGUACGAUGUUACAUAUGCGCAGCCGUUGGAAGGAAUACUGGCGGACAUAAAAUCUUGUGGCUACGAUGUGUCUCUUAGGUAG